AUGAAUAUCGACAACAAACGACAAGGUGGGCUGUUUAAUGGAAUGCCCUCUUAUCAUGUGUUAAGUAACCAAUCUCAAAAUCCUCAAAAUAAUGAUCUCAUUAAACUAAUCCAGCAUGAGGAAAACAAAUUUUGGUCUGUAAGGCCUCUUUACAUCUUUGCCACCCUGCAAAUGGUAUUUGGGCUGUUUCUUUUCUCGGCCCAAAUUGCCCUGUAUAGUGAAAAUUGCCAGUGUGAAGACAUGAUAAAAUCAAUAGUUUCAUAUGAAUUUGAUGGCAAUGAGCAGAUUCCUAAUUUCCUAAGUAAACAGUUAUGUGUAUGUCAUAGAAGUACCUUUGCUAUUUGGUGUGGUGGUAUAAUCUUCUUUACCGGCCUGUUAAGUGCUCUGGCUACCAAGUACAAAACAAACUUCCUGUUGGUGGUGUCUUCUUUUUUGUGUGUUGCAGGAUAUGGAGUUAGCGUUUGCUGCUUAAUUAUGAGUGCUGUUCAUGCCCAAAUUGAAUUGGACAAUGUAAUGCACAGAGGAACGUAUGUUGGAAUGGCCGUGAUUUCCGGCUUGAACUUUCUGAUUUUCGUGCUGACGUCGGCAUUAUUCUGUCGUGCCAGUUGCUCUUGCUGUCAACCUCACACUCCAACCAUUAUGUACCUCUCGUCUGUUGACGAUUCCACUUCGAAUCGAGAAAAUGAAGUCUCUAAUUUGCCCCGAUAAAGAGUUGACAGCCAAUCUGCGUUAACAUAAAAAAGGAAAAAUUAAGUUAAAUAAGUAUUGCUGUUGGUGUUGUUAAUGUGUUACUGAUAGGACUUUCCAAUACUUUUAGUUCUGUUGGUGAAUUCCUGAAUAAAUCCAGAAAUGCAAACAA